AUAUAAAUCAUUAUACAUAUCUGCUGAGCUGAACACAUCUCACAGUGGCAGAACGGACAACACACACUCUCACACACUCACCAAAGCCACACGUUCUGACUCCUUUUAUAACAACUUUUAACUUCAUUUAUAAACAUCUGAAAUCUGGAUACACUUCUGUUUGACUGCCGGGCCAAGGAGGCGGAAUGGAUCCAAUUGUGGAAGUUGUGGCUUUGAUUCUGGGGUUCAUCGGAUGGGUGAUGGUGGGGAUCGCCCUGCCGAACCGUUACUGGAGGACCUCCACCGUGGACGGGAACGUCAUCACCACCUCCACCAUCUAUGAAAACUUGUGGAUGUCAUGUGCGACGGAUUCGACCGGGGUUCACAACUGCAGAGAGUUCCCCUCACUGCUCGCUUUGAGUGGUUACAUCCAGGCGUCUCGUGCCUUGAUGAUCACAUCGAUAGUGUUGGGCACCUUUGGACUGGUGGCGGCCCUGAUAGGAGUACAGUGUUCAAAGGCGGGAGGCGAAAACUAUGUUCUCAAAGGGAGGAUUGCUGGAACCGCUGGAGUCUUAUUCAUACUGCAAGGUGUGUGCACAAUGGUCUCAGUGUCCUGGUACGCCUUCAAUAUCACUCAGGAAUUCUUUGACCCUUUCUACCCUGGGAUAAGGUACGAAAUAGGAGAGGGGCUUUACAUCGGCUGGUGCUCGGCUGUGCUCGCCAUCGCAGGAGGAGCCUGUCUCACCUGCUCCUGCAAAAUGGGCACAGAGGAAAAAUACCCUCUGCCUUAUCAAACCAGGGGAACUGUAUAUUCUGGAGUGGCUCCGACCAGAAGCGUGGCUGCCAGCACUUAUGGCCGAAAUGCGUAUGUUUGAGCAGGCUGUGGAAACAGAACCAUUUCGAUCAAAUCUCUUACAAAUGCUGGGGUAAAACUUUUUCAUCACCUCAGUUUUUGUUGAUGUCCUAGUGUUCAGUUUUUACACCUCAGAUGAAGCUUUUUUUUUUUGUCCAUGACUGUGUAGAAAGCUAAAGAUUCAUCUAAUCUCAUGGCAGUAACACACCACUGAACUGUAUAUAACCACAAUAUCAAGUGUGUAUCCUGUGAAAAUGAUAACAUUGAGAUGAUUACAUCAAUGUUGUAAAAGCUGUACAAAGCUGAGCUACCAUUGUUUCAAUGCACAACCAUACUAUAUGCUUACAGUGAUUUUAUUUAUGUUCCUGUGGUGAUGUUAGCACGAAUACAUUCACAUACAGUCUCUUAUUUUGAUAGAAAUUCAAUAAUGUGAUGAUCUGCAUACACACGUCUAGAUAUUUGCAAGGGGCAGGUCAAAAGUGUGAUGAUCCAGAUAUAUAUGUGUGUUGUUUUGUACAGUUUUAUAGAUAGUACCUGUCGUAGAAAGUGGAGGGCAAGUUUUCUUUGUUUUGAUGGUCAGUUUUUGUUUUGUUUUGUUGUUUUUUUUUCUUUUUUUAACAAUUGCACACAAUAAAAUGUGUUAUGCUUAACAUUUCCAUUAUACUUUGUGCUCCUGUAGCAAAUAAAGUUAUUCUUUUUUGUACAAUCAAUUGCAAAGUAAAUUAUUGCAGGUAUAUAAUGUUAUUAUAUAAUUCAGAUUAUUCAGAGAUCAAACCAUGAAAUCACAACUUAAUCUACCAUUUAGAUUUGCUACAAAAUAAGACUGUUUAUCUGCAAAUAUACUUUUAAAAACUCUGCAAUAAGUUACCACAGUGAUUGAUUUCAUGCCCUGAGGAGAGGCUUCCUGACAGCCUGUCUGCCUGGACCAUGCACAGAUAUCAUGGGAGUGCCAUCAGAGUUAAAAUAGCGUCUCCAAUGAGAGCGGCCCACGUUUCUAGACGAACGCGGAUGUGCGCUGUGUGGACCAACCACCGCAAUGUAGGGCAGAAAGGGAGGGGGCGACUAAAGGUUUCGUUUACAAAGUGUCCAGGUCGUCUGCUGUGUAACUUAUCUAUCGCCAUGUUACGUUAACGUGUUUUAAGUUAAUAUAAAGUCCGUUUUUCCCCGUUUCAGGCGGAAAUUUUUUUUUUUAGAGGGAGGAACCUUUCAGCGGUGUAUCUCAUUUCCACACGGAAUACUGUCACACCGGGAUCGUAAAUACACCAUCGUUGCUGCUCCUUCGGUGUCUCGGAGAGAAACGACGGGGAUUUAACAACGAUAAUCACCGUUUCAAUGAAACAAAUCGGUGUUUCCACUCGACGUGAAAGCAGAGCCGUUAAGUUCGCAGGUUCCGGUGUCAGAGAGUGACUGGGUUCAGAAAUGGAGUCGUGUCGGC